AACACGAUGACAUCUCCGAGGUUUGCUUUGUAUCUGACCUAUCUGUUCUGGGGAACAAUAACUCAGAUGACCCAUGUGGAAUCGUCCAUUUAUGUGCGCCAAGACAGCGGUUUUAUAUCAGCGGAUGUUGGUGAAAGCGUAACUUUGCGAUGUUUCUAUGAAGGUGUUGCAGUGAUCAUUUACUGGUAUAAGCAAACUGUAGGACAGAAACCAAGGCUCAUCUCUACCUUCUAUAAACAUGAUAAAAGUGGCACCUUUAGGGAGGAAUUUCAGAAUAAUACUCGUUUCACACUGGACACAGGAAACGAUAAAAAUCACUUGACAAUCUCCGAUUUACGCUUUUCAGACUCAGCUACUUAUUACUGUACAGGUUGCUAUACAUAUGAUUUAGAAUUUGUAGAUGGGGCUACUGUCAGUGUGAAGGGUUCAGGUUUGAAUGUCCCAGCUUUGGUCCAUCAGUCAGCGUCUGAGACCAUCCGGCCAGGAGGCUCUGUGACUCUGAACUGUACAGUAUACACUGGGAGCUGUGAUGAUGGAGAACACAGUGUUUACUGGUUCCAAAACUCUGAAGAGUCUCAUCCAGGACUCAUUUACAGCCAUGGAGGCAGGAAUGAUCAGUGUGAGAGGAAACCUGACACACAAACACACACCUGUGUCUACAACCUGCCGAUGAAGAGCCUGAAUCUUUCUCAUGCUGGGACCUACUACUGUGCUGUUGCCUCAUGUGGACACAUACUGUUUGGAGACGGGACCAAGCUGGACUUUGAACGGUCUGCAGAUGAAGGUGAUUCUUUUGUCUUGGUGUAUUUCUUGAUCGGAGCUCUGACUUUCACCAUCAUCCUGGUUGUUUUACUGGCGUAUGCAACAUAUACAAUGAACAACAGAAGAGGCUGCCAAUGUACAGACUCAAGACCUUCAGCUUCCAGGACUCCAGUGGAUUACCAAGAUUCUGACAAUCUGCAUUAUGCUGCUUUAAGGGCACACAAGGUCAACAGAUCAACAAGACAGAGGAAUGACACACGGAGUGAAUGUGUGUACUCCAGUGUUAAGCACUGAAGCUCACACUGUUUCAUCUUAUCUUACUAUAUAAUGACGAAAACUCUCUGUCUGUGUCUCUGUUCCAUGUUUUUCUCCUCACUGACUUGAUCAAUCCAUGUGAAAUUUGGCACAGUGGUAGAGGGUCAUGGGAGGAUGCGAAUGAAGCAAUAUUAUAUCAAUUGGCCAAAGGGUGGCGCUAUAGCAACCGAUUGAAAUUGCAAACUUUGAAUGGGCAUAUCUCAUGCCCCGUAUGCCAUAGUGACAUGAAACUUUGCACAGAGAUGCCUCUCCUCAUGAGGAACAAAUUUGCCUCAAGAACCCAUAACUUCUGGUUAUAUAGAUUUUCCGCCAUUUUGAAUUUUUUGAAAAACACUUAAAAUCGAUCUCCUCCUAGGAAGUUUGACCGAUCUUCAUGAAACUCGGUGAACAUAAUCUAGGGACCAAUAUCUAAAGUUCCCUCUUGGCAAAAGUUAGAAAACUUACUAAAACUGAGCUUCUAUAAGGCAAUGAAUAUUGCGGAGGGCGUGGCUCAUCACAUAAAGGUGUGUAACAUCUCAAGGGUUUCACCGAUCACCACGCAGCUUUGUAGGCAUAUGACCACACAUAAUCUGAGGGGACCCCUCCAUUAUUGACCCCAUCAAACAAAAUGGGGGUGCUAGAAAGCUAAUUUCUUAUCUAGGCCUAACCGCCAUAUCGAUUUUUACUAAACGUGGUAGAUAUGUAGAACAGGACGCCUCAAGGUGACUGGAGAAAUUUAACUCUUAAUUGGCAACUGGGUUAAAAAUGGCUAAAAUGCAACCGAUCGCUGUGGCUCCCCCUGUGGCUCCCCCUGUGGCUGAAUGUUUGUUUGUUUUUUUUUAAUUUUUGGUAUGACUAAGUCAUGGUAUGGUAUGCUGUACAUAAUCACAGAAACUGUCAGUGUGUCAUUCUGUCAGUCCCAUGUUUUUCUACUCACUGACAUGAUCAAUCUAUGUGAAACUGCACAUAGGCAUUGAGGAUUGGCAUAGGUAGAAGGUGACAAAGCUACCAAUGGGUAUGGACUAGUCUGUAACUAUUUUAUGAAUGUAUCUAUCAAGCUGAAGUAAGGAUUUGUAGUCAGAUUUCACCUCAACAUAUUGUAUGUAAAGUCCUGCCUUGCAGUAAACUAA